AUGGCUAAAAGUUCCUUUGAAUAUGUUAAAACUUUCGAAUUAGAUGAUACUUUGCUACCUAAUUCGUGGAUUGUGGUGCGACUGGACGGAAAGUGUUUUCACAAGUUUGCAGACGACCACAAUUUUAAAAAACCUAAUGACAUACGAGCUCUUAGAUUAAUGAAUUAUAGCGCUUAUUCUGUGUUAAAAGAAUUCAAUGAGCUGUUGUUGGCUUAUGGUCAGAGUGAUGAGUAUUCAUUUAUAUUCAAGAAAGAUUGUAACCUCUAUAAAAGACGUGCUGCUAAAUUAUUGACUAUUGUGAAUAGUAAAUUUACAUCAUCUUAUGUGUUUUAUUGGAGAAAGUUUUUUGGUGAUGAAGAAUUGAAGUAUCCACCAACAUUUGAUGGACGUUUAGUAUUGUAUCCAUCUCAGGAAAAUUUAAUAGAUUAUUUGAAAUGGAGACAAGCUGAUGUACAUAUAAAUAAUCUUUAUAACACAACUUUUUGGGCUCUUGUAUUAAAAGGAAAUCUAACCCCAUCUCAGGCUGAAAAAAGGCUGUCUGGUACACUAUCAGCAGAUAAAAACGAAAUUUUAUUUAAGGAAUUUGGGGAGAAUUAUAAUAAUGAACCAGAAAUAUUUAAAAGAGGUACAUUGCUAACUAGGAAAUGCAUAAUAGAUGAAGAAUCAAAGAAAUCUGUUAAGAUUAUUGCUGAUGUGCAUGAUGAUAUGUUAAAAAAUAACUUCUGGAAAGAUUUCAGUGUACACUUAAUGAAGCCUAAACACCUUCUUCCUCACGAAGGAUCACUUACAGAUAUGAUUAGAGAACAAAUAUAA